UAGAAAUAGAAGAUCUCCUUCUCCUUUCAUAAUAUUUCUAAGGAGCAGCGCGGGAAUCCUAAAUCGGAACCAUGCCUCAGUUUCGAUCCUUCUUGUUCAAAUCCAGUCGCUUCCAUUCACGCUCUAGUUCCAUUAGUUCGGCCACUUCCUCAGUCUCCCGUUCUCACUUCGCUCCGUUUUCUCCUCAUUCUGACCUUCUCGACCGCCCUGCUUCGAAUGGCUUUUCGUAUCUUCGUCGUCUGCUUCAAUAUUCUAGCGCCUUUGGUUCCGAUAAUGAUUUGCGUCGAGCUCUCUCAAUUCGGAAGAGUUUGAGCAAAAUGGGAAGUGGAAAUGUUAGGGGUUUCUGUACCGAGCCUGACCGGGAGUCCAUAGAGUAUGACGUCGUAAUCGUCGGGGCUGGACCUGCCGGUUUAUCUGCGGCGAUUCGGUUUAAGCAAAUGUGCCGUGAAAAGGAUGUCGAUUUGUCAGUAUGUGUCGUCGAGAAAGGUGCUGAAGUCGGUGCUCAUAUUCUUUCUGGAAACGUUUUUGAACCCAGAGCACUGAAUGAGCUUCUUCCGAGGUGGAAGCAAGAAGAGGCUCCAAUCAGUACCCCUGUUACUUCUGAUCAGUUUUGGUUUCUGACCAAGGACCGUGCAUUAUCGCUUCCAUGUCCUUUCAGCAAUCAGGGAAAUUACGUAAUAAGUCUUAGUCAGUUAGUACGUUGGAUGGGAGUGAAAGCUGAAGAGCUGGGAGUAGAAAUAUAUCCGGGAUUUGCUGCUAGUGAGAUAUUAUUUGAUGCAAACAACAAAGUUAUUGGCAUUGGAACUAAUGAUAUGGGAAUUUCAAAAGAUGGUUCGAAGAAGGAAAAUUUUCAGCGUGGCGUUGAGAUUAAAGGUCGCAUAACACUUCUGGCUGAGGGAUGCCGAGGAUCAUUAUCAGAGAAAAUUAUAAAGAAGUUCAGCCUGAGAGAGAAGAGCAGGGCACAACAUCAGACAUAUGCCUUGGGAAUUAAAGAGGUUUGGGAAAUUGAUGCAGAAAAGCACCAGCCUGGGGUAGUACUUCACACACUGGGCUGGCCCUUGGAUCAUAAGACUUACGGGGGAUCAUUUCUGUAUCACAUGAAUGAUAGACAAAUAUCUAUAGGCCUUGUGGUUGCUUUGAACUAUCAGAACCCUUAUAUGAAUCCUUAUGAGGAAUUCCAGUUUUUGAAUACUUGGGAAAUAAAGGAAAAUAGCAACCUUAUAUGA